AUGAAACGUUUGAUUUAUCAACUUAAGAGUGUUUAUGAAAAACUAGUAAAUCUAGACAGAGCUUUAACUUCUACUGAUUUAGACACAUUGCAAGAAAUUGUUACUUCCGCACAACAAAAAGCAGAUAUAUACAAACAGCAGCAACCUAAUACUGUUUUGAGUGAUGACGAUAUUAUUGAUAGAUAUCAUAAUGCAUUUAAAGCUUUGACGAUACGCCAUAUAGAUAAACCACGAUACGUUUGUGUAUCAUACAACGUGCCUGAAGUAAUAUCGUCUCUUAAUUCAUUUGAAACCAUUCUUAUACAAAGAGCNAAAGCAUUUCAGACUGUUGUUAAAAUGGGAGCUGUUAUGAACAGACAAUUACCACAACGACAAAUGAUACAAAAAGUCAAAGAAUAUUUAGAAGAAAUGUCAAAAAACCUGUUAGAAUCUGACUUGAGUACAAUAUUUUCUACACUAAGAAAUACGGAUCAAUAUUGGAAAAGACCAAGAAGUGAUUUAAAUUGCAUGACGCAACAUUAUGGACCUGCAACGUGGUUUUUAACGUUAAGUCCGAGCGAAUGGUUAUGGGAUGAUUUAGGAGAUUAUAUACGUGAAGUAAAUGGAUGGCAUAAUUCUUCGUUAAGUACUAGCGUACUCGUUGCAAAAGAUCCUGUCUCAACGUCAAGAUUUCUGGACAAUAAAUUUAAAGCAAUGCUUGACUUUAUAUGUUCUAAAGAUCAUCCAAUCGGAGAAGUAACUCAUUAUUUCUGGCGACGAGAAUAUCAAGGUAGAGGUAUACAACAUUUCCACUUAUUAAUUUGGAUUAAAAAUGCACCAAUUAUAGGAGAAUCUUCUACUGAAGAAGUUUCCAACUUUAUUUUACGACAUAUAAGCUGCAAAAUGCCAAAUAAAGAUAUUUCACCGUUAUUAUAUAAACGUGUUAAUACGCAUCAGACGCAUAAACAUAACGAUUAUUGUUUGCGUUCUAAAAAGGUAGGACGUAAACUUGUACGUAUAUGUCGGUUUGGAUUUCCUCGUCCCGUUACUGAAGCAUUGACAAUAAGAGAUGUCGCAAGUUCGAUAGCAGGUAGAAAGCAAUUAAAACAUAGAAGUAGGCUUUACGAUCUUCCUCGUAGACAAAAUGAAAGUGAUAUAAAUGAUUAUAAUCCUGUCCUUCUUACUGCUUGGGAAGGAAACAUGGAUAUACAAUUUAUUGGUGAAAAAUCAACAUUACUUACAUGCAUUACUAAUAGUAAGAAUAACGAAAGCAAAUCACUGGGAAGUUAUCUUUGGAAUAUUGCUUUGCGAUUUACGCACAACAGAGAAUGUGGAGCACUCGAAGCUGCUGAUACAUUAUUAGGUAUUCCUUUAUAUGGAAGUGAUCGAAAUACGACUAUUAGAUGGCUAGAUGUUAAUCAAAUUAGAUUUAGAAAAUUAAAGACUCGCAAAGAGAUUGAAAAUCUUGAUAAAGAAUCUACGGACAUAUUUUGUCCGUCUUUGAUAGAUACUUAUUAUCCAAUAAGACCGAAAGAAUUAGACAAUGUGUCUCUUUAUGAAUUUGCAAAGUGGUAUGACAUUACUAAAAUUAAACCGAAAAAUAAGUAUAUCAUAUAUUAUAAAAUAGGUAAGGGUAUGUAUCUUAAACGGCGAAAACGUGAAUAUCUUAUUAAUCAUUAUAAAUACGAUGUGAAUACACAACCAGAAAAUUAUUUCUUUGCAUUAUUACUCAUGUUUAAACCAUGGCGAAAAUUGGAAGAUCUUAGAAACGGAUGUGAUAAUUAUACAGAAUCAUUUCACAAAUUAAAAUUACAUCUUGUAGAAGCAUUACAAUAUCAUGAAAAGAUAGAGGAAUUGCAAAAAGCAUUUGAAACGGCAAAACAAUUGGUUCAAGAAUACCUAGACAACGAAUUAAACAACAAACAAAAUACAUCGCAAGAUGAUCCAGAAAAUCCAAUAGGUAUUCAAAAUAUAGAAGCUGGUGAAGCAAUGCAAGAUUUUAAAGAUCUUGGAGAGAAAAUAGAAAAAAAUGUCGAUGUAUGUGAUAUGAUAGCAAAAUUNAAUCUAGAUCAAAAACGUGUGUUUGACAAAGUUGUUACAACUGUAACAUCGGAUAAAUCACCAUUACGAUUAUANGUUAGCGGAGAAGGUGAUACUGCUAUAGCAGCUCCUACUGGUAUUGCAGCGUUUAAUAUAGACGGUUUGACAGUUCAUAGAUUACUUCAAUUGCCUGUUGAACACGGCUUUAUUCCUAAAUAUAAACAAUUAUCUGAUCAUGUAUUAAAAGUUUUACGAGCAGAACUCAAAGAUGUUAUUCUCAUUAUAAUUGAUGAAGUGUCAAUGAUAUCUAAUUUGACUUUAAUGUACUACAUACAUUUUCGAUUAUGUCAAAUAUUCGACACCCUUGAUACUGAUGAUGGUUGGUUCGGUGGAAAACACAUUCUUCUAUUUGGAGAUUUGCUUCAAUUACCUCCAGUAAACGAUGAUCCUGUUUUUGUGAGCUUAACAAAGGAAAAAAUUGAUAAAUAUCUCGGUUCGUUGGAGGCUCCUAACUUAUGGACUACAUUGUUUGACUACGAUGAAUUAACAAUCAAUAUGCGGCAGCAAGGAGAUGAUUCUUAUCGUGAGAUACUAUCAAGAAUUCGUAUUGGAUUAGUGACUCAGUCUGUGCCGACAGAUACCGUAUGUUUACUGCCUACUUGUCACAUGUGUGACGUUCUUAAUGCGGCGAUGCUAAAUCGAAUUACUUCUGAAGAAAUAGUAUUAAUUGCAGAAGAUAAGAUAAAUUGUAGUCGCUUUGUAGAAAAGAAAGUUGCAAAAAUAUUGUCAAAUCAUGAAGAUGAUAAUUCAAGAACAGCCGGACUUUCGAAAAAAAUUAUUAUUAAAAUUGGAGCAAAAGUUAUGAUACGACGUAACAUUGAUGCUAGCAAAGGCCUUGUAAACGGUACAAUAGGUAAAGUAAUUUCUGUUGUUAAAGAUAUAUCAAAUAACAAUAUAGAAAAAAUAAAUCUUCUUUUGCCGUCAGGUGAAGAAGUUUUAAUUGAGAGAGUAAGUGUAAAAUUUCCUGUCAUGGAAAGAACAUAUGUCAUUAGAAAACAAUUUCCAUUGUGUCUGAGUUAUGGAAUCACUAUCCACAAAAGCCAAGGAUUGAGUUUGCAAAACGCUAUUAUGGAUGUAGGUAAUUCUGUAUUCAGUUGUGGUCAAAUUUAUGUUGCAUUGUCUCGUGUAACGUCUUUAGAAGGAUUGUAUUUAAUUAAUUAUGAUCCUUCAUCUGUAAAAGCUAGUGAAGAAGCAAUUAUUGAAUACAACAGGUUAAAACAAAUACAUAAACCAGAAACAGCAGCAAUAAUUUCUGUUUCAAAACAAAAAAUUCGUAAGGUAAAGGAUAAUAAUCUAUGGACUUCAUCAAAAGUAAUUGCUUCUGUACAAGAACCACAAGAACCACAUCAUUAUAAUGUUCAUAAAAGUACUGGUUGGAUUAUUCGUGGUUUCGAAAACGUAGAUAAAGUUUCAUCGUACGCAAAUUCAAUACUGCAAUGUCUUUUGCACUUAAAAUACGACAAUAUCUAG